CAGGCGCCUGCGCAAUGGGCCGGCCGUGGGGGGCGGGAAGCGCUUCGCGGCUGCGGAGCCCAUGUCGGCCCUGAGGCGAUCGGGCUACGGCCCCAGUGACGGCCCUUCAUACGGCCGCUACUACGGGCCCGGGGGAGGCGAUGUCCCGGUGCACGUACCUCCGCCGUUAUAUCCUCCUCUUCGCCCCGAGCCUCCCCAGCCUCCGGUUUCCUGGCGGGGGCGCGGGGGCGCCCCGGCCGAGACCACCUGGCCCGGGGAAGGCGCAGGUGGCGAUGGCUACUACCCUUCUGGUGGCGCCUGGGCAGAACCGGGCAGAGCCGGGGGAGGCCACCAGGAACAGCCACCAUAUCCUGGCUAUAAUUCUAACUACUGGAAUUCUGUGCGAUCGAGGGCCCCAUACCCAAGUUCAUAUCCUGUGAGACCAGAGUUACAAGGCCAGAGUGUGAGUUCUUAUGCAAAUGGAGCAUAUGGCCCCCCAUACCCUCCAGGCCCUGCAGCAAGCAGUGCCUCAUACUCUGGGGCUUAUUAUGUACCUGGCUAUACUCAGAGCAAUUACUCCACGGAAGUUCCAAGCACUUACCGCUCACCUGGGAACAGCCCAACACCAGUGUCUCGCUGGAUAUAUUCUCAGCAGGACUGUCCAACAGAAGCACCUCCUCUGAGGGGUCAGGUUCCAGGGUACCCUGCUUCACAGAACCCUGGAAUGACCUUGCCCCAUUAUCCUUAUGGAGAUGGUAACCGCACUGUGCCACAGUCAGGAGCGACUGCACGACCACACGAUGAUGCCUGGGCUUCUGGUGCUUAUGGGAUGGGGGCCCGUUACCCCUGGCCUUCAGCUGCAUCCUCAGCACCGCCCGGGAAUCUCUACAUGACAGAAAGUGCUUCACCAUGGCCUGGCAACGGUUCUCCUCAGCCACCUCCUUCACCACCACUCCAACAGCCUAAGGAUCCCUCAUACUCCUUUAACCAGUCGGGGCAAGGCAUGAACCGGCACAACUUCCCUUGCAGUGUCCAUCAGUAUGAGGCUUCUGGGACAAUGAACAAUGACAAUUCAGACCUUUUGGAUUCUCAAGUCCAAUACAGUGCUGAGCCUCAGCUGUACAGCAACACCACAAGUGAGCAUCCCAGCAGUCAAGUUCCCAGUAAUCAUCUCCCUGAGGAGUGCUUCUCUGCAGAUGAAAGCACUCCUCCAAGUAUUAAAAAAAUCAUCCACGUGCUGGAGAAGGUUCAGUAUCUUGAGCAAGAAGUAGAAGAGUUUGUAGGGAAAAAGACAGACAAAGCUUACUGGCUUCUGGAAGAAAUGCUGACAAAGGAACUUUUAGAACUGGAUUCUGUUGAAACUGGGGGCCAGGACUCUGUCCGUCAGGCCAGGAAAGAGGCUGUUUGUAAGAUCCAGGCCAUACUGGAAAAAUUAGAAAAGAAGGGAUUAUGAAAUAAUUUAGAAUGAAGGGUAAGCCUGUUACUAAUUUGGCCAAAGAACUUUUUAAUUUGGUUAGUUACCUUCUUUGAAAUGCCUGUUGUGACAAGAAGCAGCACAUUCCAACUUUCUUCGG